AUGUCCGAACAAGAAGACCCACUCAACCAGGCGGAGGCUGGCCAUCUGACCAAGUUCUCUAAACUCGAGGCAUCCCUUGUACAUACCGAGGUGGAGAAGCGCCCGAACUCUAGAGCGCAAAAUGAUGUAAACCGAUAUGCCGAAGCCUCAGAUCUAUCUGUGAAUGAACUUGCCUUCGAUUUCAACCUUGACAGGGGCCAUUACCCGCUCGAUAAUCUCAAGUCUCUUCAGCAGGUCUUCAAUGCCGUGCAAUGUCAUGAACAUUUGGAGAAAAGGGAUAACUUUUCUCCUGAAACUCGGGUAGAAUGCCUGAAGGUUAGCUCACUGGGAGGAGAAUGGCUAAUACUAGAUGAGGCCCAAAUGGGCGAGCUUUUACGGGUCCAAGGAGCACCGCUGUCAGUCUACAUGCGCUACGAUACCACCCGCAACCUUACAACAUAUGUUAUUUCUCACAAAGAACUCGAUACAUCCAUUGUGACGCUCAAAUCUUUACUCAAAAUUGCACUGAACACCACUUCUGCAGCUGAUAGGCCAGCUGUCUUUUUAGAUGACCCCUUUGAAAUCCACAUAAUACUUUCAACUUUGUCCUUUGAGGCUUCCAAAUUCCACGUCAAACGUUUCCGACGCUUUAUGUGGGCUCAAAUCAAUAAAGUAGACGACCAGCUUGAAGGUCUUGAGGCCGAGGAUCGAGCCAAACUAAAAUAUCUGACAAAACAACUCCAAAUAAUAUCCCAGAAUACUGACUCUCAUCUCGGAAAUGCGGAUGUUUGCAUUAUCACAGCUACGGCUAUUCGCAACGUCCACUCCCGCUUCGUUUCAUCGAUCUCCCGCGAGCAGAAGAUCUGGUUUCUCAAUUACAAACAGCGCAAAGACAGCACUAUGUCCCUGGUCUACAACCUCAUGACCCAGCAAGAUGCCACUAAUAACAUCCGAAUCAGCAAUAGCAUGAAGCAAGACUCCGCACCUAUGAAUGCAAUUGCUGUCCUAACAAUGGCAUUCCUGCCAGGUACCUUUGCAGCGACGGUGGUUCGUGCUGGGGUCUUUGGGGGCACCAUCACAGGAGCAGGAGUUUGGUGGGUCUGGAUUAGCAUCAUAGUACCUGUGACUACGGCUGUCUUAAUUUGUUGGUGGCUUUAUCAGAAAUCAAAAGAGCCGGGCAGGCGGCUCGAAGAGAAGAAGCUAUUAUAA